CGAUCGCAGCCCGCAGAUCCGGCGGCUAGUGAAGACGUACCCUCGAUGAGGUGGAGUCCAGGAGUCGACGGGAGAGCGAUAGAUGGUCGCGAAAUCGACCGCCAAUGCAUCGAUUGCCACAGCGUCGAUCCUCCAAUUUUGUUAGCACAUUCCCACGUUUUGUGCCAAGAUCAUGAAUGAAAAUGUUAAAGAAGAUUGGUCCCAAGACUGAUCCCUCAAGGGCAUUCCCUCUGCUGAAUAUGAAAGAUCUGCUGAAAACAAUAGAGGAGCCAGCAACUAGGAAGAAUGACAUCUACCAGCAUAAUUAAAAAGAUGUUUACAUGUACGCUUUCUGGAAUGGACAUGUAGCAAUGGAAUUAGUUUAGUAUUCUAGCAAAGAGCAUAAAAAUUGAAGUCUCUUUAUUUUGAUUCAAUUUUCCAUACUGAAAAUAUACACUACAGCUUUCCUUUAUAGAAAACAUUAUGAAGCUUGAGAUAGGAAGUAGACAGAACAGGAGACUCGUAAUAGCUAGGUCACUAUUCAAAAUUUGGUCUGGUCAAUAUCAAUUAAGUUGUAUCACUAGGUGUAAGAGUGUAUUUAGAUAUGCUCUGACUUCUUCUUAUAUUAAGUGAUAACACAAUGACAAUGAAAAACUAACUCAUAAUGAAAUUAACUAAAUGGAAUUUUACUAUGUCAGUUCUUGGAAUUGUAAUUUAUGUAGCUGAUAUUGCAGCAGAUAUCUGGGUCAUUAGUAACUAUUUCUGUGAGGGACAAUAUUCUUUGGGUAUCUUGACACUGGUUUUUAGGUGUCUGUCAUCAAUAGUACAGAUUUUUAGUUAUGAAUGGUUUAAAGAAGACUGUGGAAGCCCUGAUCCUGGGAAGCUGAACUGGAUUUUUCUACUUCAUUUCUUGCAUGGUGGAAUUUUUAUAAGGUAUUGGUUUGCAUUGAAAGAUGGCUACCAGGCUGCUUUUAAACAAAACAGCUCUGGAGAUAAACUUACUGGGGGCCCUGCCAGUAUCAUUCAUAAACGUGCCAUUGAUGCAUUGACUGAUAUUAGUAUGCUCAGGGUAUUUAAGACUUUCCUGGAGACCAUACCCCAGCUCAUUCUUCAGAUUUACAUCCUGAUGGAGCAUGACAAGGCUGCCUUCAGUCAGUAUGCUUCCAUCAUCACAUCUUUCUGCAGCAUUUCCUGGUCAACAUUUGACUAUCAGAUAUCAUUACGAAAAUCUCUGCCUGAUAAAAAUCAAUUUGCUGGGGUGCCUCCUAAGUUACUAUACCUCUUGUAUAAACUGUUCACACUGACUUCUUGGAUACUGAGUAUUGCACUGGCCACCCUAUUAAAUAUCAUAAGUUGUAUAUUUCUGCUAAUAUUUCUUUGGACCUUGGGCUUCAGCUGGACUUUGAAGCAACACACUAUGUUUUGCAAAUCUAAGAGGAUGGAAUUUUUAUACAGGACUGUUGUUGGGAUCAUUCUUAUUUUUACAUUUUUUAAUGUCAAGGGGGAAACAAAAAUAUAUAUUUCUAGUUAUUAUGCCACUCAUGUGCUUGUAACUUUAGGCAUAAUGUGUAUGUGUUUGUUCUGGAAGACUUCAGUUACUGAGCAAGUAUAUUUUACAUUUGUGAGCAUCACAGUUGUUCUCACUCUGGGGUUAGGUAUUAUUUGUCUUAUUGUUUAUUAUACGUUUUUCCACCCCACUAUUUAUUUCAAACAAGAAAGUGCUUCAGAUAAAGUUGAUGGACUAGCAAGAGAAAGAGAAAAAGAAGAAAUCAGUAGAAUAAGAAAUUUCAUAAUGCAAUGAAGAGUAUAGAAUUAUGUGAAUUUUUAAAUAUGUGCAAAUCAAAGCAAAUAUUACCUGUACUGUUACUUAUUCUGUCUUUACUUUUGAUACUUGCAAUGAGCAUUUCAAGUAAAAAAAUUGCUAAUGGGAACGGUAGUAGUUACCAGCUCUGAAUAAUUAUUGCUUCUGCUGUACUACUCUACAAAGCAAAGACUUUUUAUAAAAUAAACUGAACACU